AUGAUUGAGGAGGAGCAGAGAACGGGGGACUCGCUGCCGGCUGCCCUCGACCGGAGGAGCCAUCGCCAGGAGACACCAGGAGACACAUGGCACCAAUCGCUCAACAACCCACAGGGCCUACAACGCCAGCAAGCUGCAGUCAUAACAACUGGUUGUGCCCCUUUGGUCCAGCCGAGGAUUCAGUGGCCCAAAUCUUCUAAGAGAGCUGAGUGGCAACAAUUUGAUGAAGAUGUAAGCCAGGUCCCGGAAGUAACAGCUAAUGGGGAUGUGGACCACCGAUUGAGAACAAUAACCACCCUCAUAGUGAACAUUGCAGCUAAGCGAUUUGGAACUGAGGCAUCCAAGCCUGCUCCAUCGGCAUAUGCUCCAAGCCACAGAGCAAGGAAAAUCCAGUGCCUCAGGGAAGAACUCAGGCUGCUAAAGAGGCAAUACAAGUCAGCGGGGGAAGUCGAGAGAGCUGGCCUAGCAGACCUGAGAGCAAUCCUAAGCAAACAACUCUUGACCUUACGGAGGGCAGAGUUCCACAGAAGGAGGCGGAAGGAGAGAGCCAGGAAGAGGGCAGCAUUCUUGGCCAAUCCAUUCAAGUUGACCAAGCAGCUCCUUGGCCAAAAGAGGGCUGGCCGCCUCACUUGCUCCAAGGAUGCUAUAAAUGGCCACCUCAAGGCCACUUAUGGUGACUCCAUUAGAGAACAACCGCUGGGUCCAUGUGACGCGCUGAUAACACCACCAGAGCCUUCAUCACACUUCGACCUGAAGGAGCCCCGCCUAAGGGAAGUGGAGGAAGUGGUGAGGAGAGCAAGAUCGAGCUCAGCACCAGGCCCAAGUGGAGUGCCCUACAAGGUGUAUAAGAACUGCCCAAAGAUACUACAUCUGCUUUGGAGGGUCCAGAAGGUGAUCUGGAUGAGAGGAAAGAUCGCCCAGCCAUGGAGGUAUGCUGAGGGAGUGUGUAUACCAAAAGAGGAGAAGUCUGAGAAUAUCGACCAGUUUCGGGUUAUCUCCUUGCUCAGUGUGGAGAGCAAAAUCUUCUUUAGCAUCGUGGCUAAGAGGCUCUCAAACUUCCUGUUGAGCAAUAAGUACAUCGACACGUCUGUGCAAAAGGGAGGUAUACCAGGAGUUCCAGGUUGUCUGGAACACACGGGCGUGGUAACCCAGCUCAUUAGGGAAGCGAGAGAAGGUAGAGGGGACCUGGCAGUACUGUGGCUGGACCUCACCAACGCCUAUGGCUCAAUACCCCACAUGCUGGUGAAGGUCGCACUGGAGAAACACCAUGUACCGCAGAAGGUGAAAGAUCUCAUUCUGGACUAUUACAGCAAGUUCAGCUUGAGAGUCACUACUGGCCAGCUAACAUCUGACUGGCACCAGCUGGAGGUGGGGAUAAUCACUGGCUGUACCAUCUCAGUGACCCUAUUUGCGCUGGCGAUGAAUAUGCUGGUCAAGGCAGCUGAAACAGAGUGCAGAGGUCCCCUCAGUAAGUCCGGAGUAAGGCAACCGCCCAUAAGAGCCUUCAUGGACGACCUCACAGUGACAGCAACGGCGGUACCAGGAGCCAGGUGGAUUCUUCAGGGGCUCAUGACAUGGAUGACAUGGGCACGCAUGAGCUUCAAACCUGCAAAGUCCAGGUCCUUGGUUCUAAAGAAGACAGACAGAUCAGACAGAUUCCGCUUCAGGCUGGGAGAAUACCAGAUCCCGUCAGUCACUGAGAGUCCGGUGAAGAGCCUUGGGAAGGUCUUCAACUGUAGACUGAGUGACAGAGACUCCAUCAAGGCAGCCGGUGCUGACCUGGAGGGAUGGUUGAGAACAGUUGAUAAGUCUGGGCUCCCUGGAAGAUUCAAGGCCUGGGUCUACCAGCAUGGAAUCCUCCCAAGAAUCCUCUGGCCUCUGCUUAUCUAUGAGGUCCCCAUGACUGUGGUAGAAGGUUUUGAGCAAAAGGUGAGCAGCUAUCUACGUAGAUGGCUGGGUCUACCGCGUAGCCUAAGUAACAUCGGGCUAUAUGGGAAAACCAACAAGCUCAGGCUCCCUUUUAGCUCAGUCAGGGAGGAGUUAAUCGUUGCACGGGCACAGGAACAUCUGCAGUACUCUGGAUCCAGAGAUGCCAAAGUGUCCGGAGCAGGGAUUGUUGUGAGGACAGGAAGGAAGUGGAGGGCAGCCGAGGCAGUCCAGCAAGCAGAGACUCGGCUGAAGCACAAGGCCAUCCUUGGAACAGUGGCGCAAGGCAGAGCCGGACUUGGGAGCCUAAGAGCGACCCGAUAUGACUCUGCCGGCGGAAAGGAGAGGCAGAGGCUGGUACAGGAGGAGGUGCGAGCUUCAGUCGAGGAAGAGCGAACCAGCAGAGCAGUGGCACCUGGAUGA